GUGGUUUCUGUGGUGGUUUCCGUGGUUCUCAUGUUUACAUUUUUUAAAUAUUAUUUUCAAUGAAUUUAUAAGCUAAUAGGUAUUAAAAGUAACAAAAAUGCCUACAGUAUUAUUGCUAGAUGUAUCGCUGUCGAUGUCGCGGCCGGUACCGUCGACAGACAACACAGAAAGUCAUACCCGGCUCACCAUCGCUGCUGCGGCUAUCAAUACAUUUUUGGACUAUCUAAGCCUCCAUGCGAAACUAGAAUAUGUAGCCCUGGUGACUUUCUCUUCAAUUUAUGAAGUAUCCGUACCGUUCACGCGUGACUUCGACACGAUCAAAGCAAAAUUGCCUCUGCUCGAAGAAGGCGACAAAACCUGCAUAGAGACAGCUUUGCUCGGUGUGAACCAGCUGGUCCUGAGUGAAUGGGGAUGCCAAACACCAGUACAAAUUAUAUUGGUCACAGAUGGCAGCAGUGGAGCAGGUGCAAUCGGCAGAAACCGUAUCAUUCAAGCACUGCCGUUACCACCUCCGUAUGCAGCUAAGAUACAUGUCCUGCCUAUCGUCUCACCACACGAUACCUGCUUGCAACAUGCAAUGCCUUUGUAUCAGAAGAUAGUGGACAUGGCUGUAAGUUCCUCAAACACAUUAAGUGCCACAAUAUCACGAGGAGCCAUCUAUUGUCCGGACCAACUCUCUGUACCUAGUGCAAUAUCAGCGAUGACGCGCCUCUGCGAGCAGCACUACCAAGAGUUCUGGUGCUCGCUGAAGUGCGGCCAGCUGGAGGCCCGGGUGCAGUUGUUCCCGGCGCCGCAGACCGCCGCGCACGAAGGCUUGGCGGCCACGUACACACUGUCACACCAGUUGCACGUUAUUGGCUUCGUAUCUAAUAACGAUUUAGCUACACCAAUAGCGAUAAGUAAACAUCUUGUGAUACCACAGGCGCAAGCAGCUGCCAGUAAUGCUAGUAGAGAAAACUAUGGAUCCAAAACUCCUACAAAGGAAGGGUCAACCACAGAAGGCUCCACAACAGAAGAAGACAUGUCUGAUCCAAGCACAGUGCCAAACUUUUGUGUUUUACUACAUGGCGCAUUGAAGGUGGAAGGCAUGUCAGCGAUCGUGCAACUGGGCGCGGAGUGGUGGGGCACGCUCUCCGCGUGGUGCGAGGCGUCGCGCGCGCGCCGCUCGUGCCUGCUGCUGAGCGUCAUGCGGCCGGGCGCCGCCGCCUCGCCCUGGCUGGGCCCGCUCGACCAGCUGGGCCCGCUCGACGACGGGACGACUGCUCAUUGGUGAAUGUCCCCAGCUGAGGCGUUCCCGGUGCGGUCUUGGCGCUCGUACAGCGGCGGCGGCUCGGGCUGCGCGUGGGCGCGGCCGCACGCGCUGCUGGCCGACGUGCAGAAGGUGCUCCGCCACGCCAGGAAGCUGCCGGACAAGACGCAACACCUUUAUAAGGAGCUGAACCGACUGCGGCGCGCGGCAAUCUCGCUAGGCUUCUCAGAGCUGCUGACUUGCGUGGGAAGCGCGUUGGAGCGCGAAUGCGCCUCGCUGCCCGCCAGCGCGCCGCCCGAGUGCGCGCUACAACUGGCGCACGCCGCCGCCGCACUCAGGGACCCGCGGACGGCCCUCGACAUCAAACACACGCUCCAACCCUUGGCCGCCAACUUCACCGUCACUUCAAUGUCACACUGACAUUCGCAACCUGACUUCACGGGUAGAAAGAUGAAGCCGUGAAGGAAGAAGAACCUUUAGGAAGGUCGCCAAAUAACGACAUAAAGUGGGAGAUUAAAAUUUUGAACAUGGUCAACUGGAAGUAAUAAGGCCUUUAAUGACCUAAAACU